AUGAGCGACAGCAAGCAGUGCAACAAGCGGGAUUGUGACCAUAGCCCUUGCGGCCAAGAACCGUGCCAGAAAGAAGAAGUGUUAGGCACGAAACCGGGAGCCGUAUAUGGUUGGUUGAUCACGGAUAGUGAUGAGCAGCCGAUUAGAUUACAGAUUGGCCGAGAUAAAGUCACUGGAGACGAGGUGGCGAUGGACACCGCCGGAAAUUGCCACAACGCACGAACCGGCGAAUGUGUGCCGAAGGAGAAUAUUUGUGAUUAUUCC